UAUUAUAAUUUUCAACUUUUAAACAAAGGUAUCUGUGCUCUGUGGACCGCAACCUUUCCUACCCGAGAUAGAAAGUAUUUUAGGUAAAUAUUGGAAACCAGGGAACCAUCUUCUUCAACCUCUUCAGAAUUCAAUCCCCAGAGGACUUCCGUCAAGUCUUGAGAUUGAUAAAAGUGUACUAGCUUUAAUUCUUGUGAACACUGUUAAAAAGCGAAUACUCUCGUCCAUGUCACCGCAAUAUGGCAACCAUGAAAGAGAAGCAAGAAAUUCUACACUUACGCUUCCACGUCGUUUAGAAAUCUGCAGAACAUUCUACAGGUCUGUUGUCGGAAUUAUCUUACAAUCCUCUGCUGAACCUACUCCACAUACAACAGAGUCUGCUGGUUCAUUAAUACCUGAUCAUACCUCCCAUACUACCCUUAUUCAUCCUGUGUUAGAGACUUUCCAGUGCUCUGAAUACCACAAAUGCUACGCAGUCCAAACAGGACCCUAUCAGCUCUUCACACUUUUCAUAUCAGCUGUUCCAAACCAUUCAAUAAGAGCUAUCAGUAAACGAACUUUAGCAAGUAUUAUCAGAGACAAGCAGAGUAAUGUUAUCAAAUAGUUUAGUUAAAUAAACAGACAAUAUUAUGAAA